AUGGAUACUCCGACCACCUCAACCUAUGCCCCUUCAAUCGCAGAUACCGACCAGAAUUACUACUCUGAGGUUUUUAUAUCAAGAGACGUAAACGCGAUCCCCGAACUUACCCUCAAUGAUGCCCCAUGGCCAGGUCACAUCUUCAUAAUCAGCUAUCAAGAUACAAACCAAGUCCUCACCUACCACAAAGAAAAAGGCGUCGUCCUCCAAGAAUACGACGGCAGCCACUCUCAGCGAUGGAUCUGCCAUUCAAAAUCAGGCUGGCUCGGGUUCACAGCAAACCCCGGGGACACUACUACAUAUCUUGGGCAUUACGAUUGGAAACUGCGUUGUCGGGAUACCAUGAUUAAUUGGAACGGGAUGUUCUGUGUAAGGAAACGGUUGAAGCGGUUGGAUGGAUUCCAGAUAUUGAUGAGGGGUAAUGACGAUAGUUUAUGGCCUGUUGGGGUGCAUGAAGAUAGCGAUGUGGCUGUCCUACAAGGUUCGGACGCAUGGUGGGGCUUUACAAUGAUCGCUUAA